GGCUCUCUCUGAUCGUAAGCGACUCGAUGUGCUCAGAGAGAAGGAACAUGUCCGCCGUGCAGCUGCUGAGGGAAUCGGUACAUCAGCGGAUCAGCGCUGCCGCUGAUGACUUUCUGCUGCAGGUGGAGAAAAGAGGAGGAAAGGCUCAAGUCCCGGCGCUGAGAGCGAUUCUCACCGAGCGGCUAAGGGCGGCGGCUGAGGAGAUCCUCGCGGGGUUUGAGGAAACCUUGGCAGAGUACGAGGACCGAGUGGAGCAGUCCGAGCGGGAGGUCUGCCGCCAGAGGAGGCUGCUCGAUGCCGUGACGCAGCCCGUAGUCCGGCUGCACAGAGCAGUGUGUCCUGCAGACGUCCAGCAAAUGGUGGUGAUUAAAGAAGAGGUUCCCCCCGAGCAGCAGCAGUGGAGCCCCCUUGUGGAACAGGAGGACCAAAAGCCCCCCCACAUUAAAGAGGAACAGGAGGAACCGUGGACCAAUCAGGAUGGACAGCAGCUUCAAGGACUGGAGGAGGCUGAUAUCAGGUUCACAUUGACUCCUGUCGCUGUGAAGAGUGAAGAAGAUGAAGAGAAACUUAAAUCGUCAAAGCUUCAUCUGAGUGAGACGAAGGAGAACAGAGCGGACUGUGGAGGACCAGCACCAGCCAGGAACUCAGGUCCUGAUGUACAUUUACAACAAGGUACUGAGUACAAGACUGAAGACUUUUCUGAGACUGAAGACUCUAAUGAGACUGAAGACAGUGAGGAUGAUUGGAUGGAGACCAGGGAACCUCAGACUGGUUUAAACACAAUAAAUAAUAAACAGCCUCUAAGUGAUAUGGGAUGUAAGACAGAAAAACAAUCGUUUAGUUGCUCUGAGUGUGGUGACAGAUUUAGCCAUAGGGGCAGUCUAAAUAUGCAUAUGAGGAUUCAUACAGGAGAGAACCCGUUGAGUUGCUCCGAGUGUGGUGAAAGAUUUCGCCAUAGGGGCAAUCUAAAUAUGCAUAUGAAGAAUCAUACUAGGGGUGCAACGAUUAGUCGACGUCGUCGACAAAAAUCCAAAACAAAAAUAGUUGCCGACGAUUUUACUCGUCGAUGAUUUGUUGGUUACGUCAUAGCGCGUGUUUUUCGUGCCGUGCAGCUGAACUAAACGUUGUUUUACCGGAGGUGCUGAUGGAAAUAGCUGAGGAGUGAGCCAUCUCGCUUCCUUCCUAUCUCUGAAAGUCGCGCAUAUGCAAAAGCAACACAACAUGGACCAAUGGCGAGGUCCGUUGCAACAGCAUCGCGUAGCAGGAAGUCAAUAGUUCGGGAUAAUUUCACCCUUAACAUGGCCCGAAAAAAAACUACAUGCAAAAUAUCUGUACGGCGGACGUGCUCUCCAUGUAAGCAGGACAUGCGCAUUUGAGGAGGAGGCACGUUUGUCAUCGUAACGUAAACGAUGCAGACUCGCCUCGGUAAGAUACCCUGUUAGCUAGCUUGCUAUAUACACGUAUAUACCUGUGCCCAGGAUUCUAUAAUCAAUUACAAAAAUAUGGUUUAAACUUUUUUAACGAGUUUAAAGGCGUAAUGUUAACCUAUGGCCUGACAAAUGUCUUUUUUAAUUUCAAUUAUGCAUAAGAGCAAAUGAGAAUUUGUGUCAUUCAUAAUCCGAUUAAUAGUUGCAAUAAUCGAUGACUAAUCAACUAUCAGAAUAGUCGUUAGUUGCAGUUGCAGUCUGAGUGUGGUGAAAGAUUUAAGAUUCAUUCCUAUUGUACGAGACAUCUGAGGAUUGAUAAAGGAGAAGUAAUUCAGUUGCAACCUUUGCAACAAAAGAUUUAUUAGGAUUUAUCAGCAGAUAUUCACAUUAUACAUAUUCAUAGUUCACUGUUUUAAUAGACUAUUAACAGCUUUUAUGUCCCUAGAAUAUAUAACACGAAAGAUUUGUGUUUAUAUAUAGCUUGUUUCUACAUAAUUUAUCUACUUUCAUAAUGUAAUUCAUGUAAUUUGAAGGUUAAAGUUGGUUCCUUGCAUAAUAUGAAUGUGUGUUCUUAACUAGUUCAUAUGAUUAAAUAUGUUUGUUUUAAAACAA